AUGGUUGGAAAAACAGGAAAUGGCAAAAGCUCAACAGCAAACUCUAUUUUACAACUUGAUGCUUUUAAAAAAUCUGACGAUUUAACAUCGUGUACAUAUCUGACCAUGUCUGCUUCUGUUAAACGUAAAGAAUUAGAAAUAAAAGUUGUAGACAGUCCAGGGUAUAUGGAUCCAGAUGAGAAAAGAGAAAUAGACAACAUUGAUAUCCAAAUACCUGGAAUAAUGAGUGUCUGCUCAGAAGGUAUUCAUGCAAUGUUGUUAGUUUUUAAGUAUGGAAAUAGGUUCACAAAAGAAGAAUUCGAUACUGUGUGUAAAAUAAAAGAAAUGUUUGGCAAAAAUAUACUGAAAGAUCACGGUAUUAUUGUUUUUACAUUCGGAGAAAACUUUGAUAUGACUAAUGAACAAAUAGAAGACAGAGGUGAAGAUCCGAUCACGUUUGAAACUUGGUGUCGCAAGCAAGAUGGUGCAAUACAAAACUUAUUUACAGAAUGCGAUAACAGGAUUGUACUUGUUUAUAAUAGUGUUUUAGGACGGUUUAAGGAAAAGAAUAAAGAGUCAGUGAAACAGCUUAUGAAUAUUGCUGUCGAAAUGAGAAAAAAAGGCGCCUACACGAACGAAAUGUUUGAAAAAUGUAAAUUGGAACGAGAGAAGAUAAUUGUAAAAUAUGAAUUAUUAGAACUUGAUAUUUCGUUUCAGCGUAAAUUGGAUUUCUUGAUCCAACAUAUUAACAAGUUUAAACAGUCUAAUACCAUGACGGAAGAUGAUCUGAUUCAGCUUAAACGGCGCGGUAAAGAUUUGUUGAAUAAAGUUGAUACAAUUUCUAAAGAUACUCGGUUAAAGAAUAUCUUAAAAGAAAAAGUCAACAAGAUUUUAAAACACUUAGGAGAAAUAAAUUUAAAUCAACCAAUAGCGGAACAGAUGAUGUCACUUUUAAAGUCAUUGGACACUCUCAAAAACCCACCAAUACCUGUUGAAACCGGGGCUGCCAUUUUAGCCAGAUUAAUUAAUAUUGUAAGGGCUACUUCACAGGCUCUUGGUUUCGGUAGUUUAUCUUUUACUGAUAGACUUUUACACGGAAUUCUUAGUAACAUGAAUUCAAAGCCAAAAGUGAAGUCUGCGUGA